GAAAAAAAUUUGAUUUUGUUCAUUUGGGACGUUUGUUCAUGCUGCUCUUAAGGGAAUCUGCUAAUGGAUGUGUUGAAGAACCAAGUUUCAAUUUUGAGAAGAUUGUAAUCUAGAGAACUUUAUAGAACAUAACAAAAUCUCCCAUUGUCUAUUGCAUGCUUUUUAGCUCUUCUGCUAACUUGCCGAUGGGAAAUAGGCCCCAUUCUUCAGUGCUUUUGCUUUUGGUAACGAUUUUACUUUCAAUCCAUUAUUCAGAGCAACUACAAUCCUCUCACUCUCAGACCCUUCUGAGAAUUCAACAGCUAUUGAACUUUCCUGCUGUUUUAAGCAGCUGGAAGAACAACACAGACUUUUGCAGCUCUGAUUCAUCAUCUUCUCUUACUGUUGUAUGCUAUGAGGGAACCAUAACUCAGUUGAACAUUGUUGGUGAAUCAAGAGCUCUACUUCUCCCUAGAAACUUCUCAAUUGAUUCCUUUGUCACAACACUGGUCAAGCUUCCCAGUUUGAAAGUCCUCACUUUGGUUUCUCUUGGUAUUUGGGGUCCAUUGCCUGGUAAAAUUGCGCGGUUAUCAUCACUUGAAAUAGUUAACGUGAGUUCAAAUUUUCUAUAUGGUGCCAUCCCUCAAGAGUUUCCAUUACUGUCACACCUCCAGACACUGAUUCUAGAUAACAACAUGUUUUCUGGCCACCUUCCUGAAUGGCUGGAUUCCUUUCCAGCCUUAACUGUGUUAAGUUUGAAAAACAACUUGUUCAAUGGUUCUCUUCCUGAUUCCUUAAGUAAUUUGGAAAAUAUGAGAAUUCUUUCACUUUCUCAUAACCAUUUUUAUGGAUCAGUACCUGAUUUGAGCCGUUUGACAAACCUUCAAGUGCUGGAAUUGGAUGAUAAUGCUUUUGGACCUCGGUUUCCCCGGCUUGGUAACAAAUUAGUUACUCUAGUACUCAGAAACAAUAACUUCAGGUCUAGUAUCCCUGAUGAUGUGAGCUCAUAUUAUCAGCUGGAGAGAUUUGACAUCUCAGAAAACACAUUUGUUGGGCCAUUCCAACUAGGACUGUUAUCACUUCCUUCUAUCACUUAUAUGAACAUUUCUGGAAACAAAUUAACAGGAAUGCUUUUUGAGAAUCUGUCUUGCAAUCCGGGACUUGAAGUAGUGGAUUUAUCCUCAAAUCUUUUGACUGGGAGCUUACCGAAAUGUUUAGUGUCAAAUUCCAAUGAUAGAACUGUUUUGUAUGCUAAAAAUUGUCUAGAAGAGACAAAUCAAAAUCAACAUGCACAGCCCUUUUGCCACACUGAAGCCAUAGCUGUGGGAAUAGUACCUGUGGGAAAGAAGCACAAGCGAGUAUCUAAGGCAGUUCUUUCACUUGGGAUAGUAUGUGGAACCUUUGGAGGAUUGGCACUUGUUGCACUGCUUUUCUUUAUUAUUAUUAGAAGAGGAAAUGUCAAAAGCAGAAUGAAGAAUCCUACUACAAAAUUAAUAUCAGAAAAUGCAGCUUCUGGAUACACCUCUAAGUUACUCUCUGAUGCAAGGUAUGUAUCUCAAACAAUGAAGUUCGGAACAGUUGGCCUGCCACCUUAUCGACAUUUCUCACUGGAAGAGAUUGUGGCAGCUACAAACAACUUUGACAUGGCUUCUUUUAUGGGUGAAGGUUCCCAGGGAAAGAUGAACAGAGGUCAACUAAAGGAUGGUUCACUUGUCGCCAUUAGGAGUGUAAAACUGACCAAAAGCUACAACAGUCAAGAUUUUAUGCACUACAUAGAGCUGAUAUCCAAAUACAGGCAUCGUCAUUUAGUCAGUGUUCUGGGACACUGCUUUGAAACUUACUUGGAUGAUUCAAGUGUCAGAAGCAUAUUUAUUGUCUUUGAGUAUGUACCAAAUGGUACACUCAAGAGCUGGAUCUCAGAUGGGCACUAUAGAAAAUCCUUGACCUGGACUCAACGCAUAGAAGCUGCAAUUGGAGUAGCAAAGGGCAUCCAAUUUUUGCAUACAGGGAUUGUCCCUGGUGUAUAUUCAAACAAUCUCAAAAUAAAAGAUGUUUUACUUGACCAAAAUUUUGUUGCAAAAAUCAGCAGUUAUAACCUGCCUUUGUUAUCUAACAUGGGAAAGGUUGUGCAUAGAAAUCCUUCCAGCGGAUUCAGAACUCCUAGCUUUAACAAAAGUGUAAAAAAUGAAGACAAGUCUGAUAUUUAUGACUUUGGAGUAAUACUGCUGGAACUCAUUCUAGGAAGGACAAUAAAGUCAAGGAAUGUGGACACUUUAAAGGAUCUGUUGCAAGCAAGCAUAACAGGGGAUGGCGAAGCUAGGAGAAGCAUAAUAGAUCCUGCAGUUAGCAAGGCAUGUUUGGAUCAAUCAUUGAAGACAAUGAUGGAGAUAUGUGUGAGGUGUCUGGUUAAAGAGGCAGCAGAGAGGCCCUCUACAGAGGAUGUUUUGUGGAAUUUGCAGUUUGCUGCUCAAGUGCAAGAUGCAUGGAGAGGGGACUCUCAAAGUAGUGAUGGGUCUCCCAUUUCACCUUUAUCUUCUCGAAGAAUGACCUUCCAUUAGUGUCAAAUACAAAGCUUUUCACUUUUUGGUUUUCAUAUUUCAUAUAUAUAUAUAUAUAUAAAAGCUUCAUGUUUAGUUGUUUAUAGAAUGUGAGCUUUGUAGUUUACAGCAUCAGAAGAAUAGCGUAUGUUCUUGUUGUAAACUUUUUUUUUCUUCAAAUAGCCGAGCUUUUAAUCGGG